CUACCUCUGGGCCGGCCGCGGGGCGGGGCUGCUGGAACGCUGGGAGUGGUGACGUGUCCUUUAGGCGCCGCCCCCGCCCAGGGGUAUAUAAGGGAAGCCGCUCACGCCGUCGGUCUUUUUCGCUACGGGUUUGCCGCCGCCUUUCAGGUGUCAAUUCUCUUUUGCCGAAAGAAAGACCUUAACUAACUAUCCAAAAUGGGAAAGGAGAAGACCCACAUCAACAUCGUCGUCAUCGGCCACGUCGAUUCUGGCAAGUCCACCACAACCGGCCACCUCAUCUACAAAUGCGGUGGCAUUGACAAGAGGACCAUUGAGAAGUUCGAGAAGGAAGCUGCUGAGAUGGGCAAAGGUUCCUUUAAAUAUGCCUGGGUCUUGGACAAGCUGAAAGCUGAACGUGAGCGUGGUAUUACUAUUGAUAUUUCCCUGUGGAAAUUUGAAACAAGCAAGUACUACGUCACCAUCAUUGAUGCUCCUGGACACAGAGACUUCAUUAAAAACAUGAUUACUGGAACUUCUCAGGCUGACUGUGCUGUUCUGAUUGUUGCUGCUGGUGUUGGUGAGUUCGAGGCUGGUAUUUCCAAGAACGGGCAGACCCGUGAGCAUGCCCUUCUGGCCUACACACUGGGUGUAAAACAGCUGAUUGUUGGUGUUAACAAGAUGGAUUCCACUGAGCCACCCUACAGCCAGAAGAGAUACGAAGAAAUUGUCAAAGAAGUCAGCACUUACAUCAAGAAAAUUGGCUACAACCCAGACACUGUAGCUUUUGUGCCAAUUUCUGGUUGGAAUGGAGACAACAUGUUGGAGCCCAGCUCUAAUAUGCCCUGGUUCAAGGGAUGGAAGGUUACCCGAAAGGAUGGCAAUGCCAGUGGAACCACCCUCCUUGAAGCUUUGGACUGCAUUCUGCCCCCAACUCGUCCAACUGACAAGCCUCUGCGUCUGCCUCUUCAGGAUGUCUACAAAAUUGGCGGCAUUGGUACUGUACCAGUUGGCCGUGUGGAAACUGGUGUUCUGAAGCCAGGCAUGGUGGUUACAUUUGCCCCUGUCAACGUUACAACUGAAGUAAAAUCUGUUGAGAUGCACCACGAAGCCCUUAGCGAAGCUCUGCCUGGUGAUAACGUUGGUUUCAAUGUUAAGAACGUGUCUGUGAAAGAUGUUCGCCGUGGUAACGUUGCUGGUGACAGCAAGAAUGAUCCUCCAAUGGAAGCUGCUGGCUUCACUGCACAGGUUAUUAUCCUGAACCACCCUGGCCAAAUUAGUGCUGGUUAUGCUCCUGUGCUGGACUGCCAUACUGCUCACAUUGCUUGCAAAUUUGCCGAGCUGAAAGAGAAGAUUGAUCGUCGUUCUGGCAAGAAGCUGGAGGAUGGCCCGAAGUCCCUGAAAUCUGGAGAUGCUGCCAUUGUUGAUAUGAUCCCUGGCAAACCUAUGUGUGUUGAGAGCUUCUCCGAUUAUCCUCCUCUGGGUCGUUUUGCCGUGCGUGACAUGAGACAGACGGUCGCUGUUGGUGUCAUCAAGGCAGUUGACAAGAAGGCUGGUGGAGCUGGCAAGGUCACAAAGUCUGCCCAGAAGGCCCAGAAGGCUAAAUGAAAAUUCUGUACAUCAGCUACCACCUCAGUCUCAAUCAGUGGUGGAAGAACGGUCUCAGAACUGUUUGUCUCAAUUGGCCAUUUAAGUUUAAUAGUAAAAGACUGGUUAAUGAUUACAAUGCAUCGUAAAAGCUUCAGAAGGAAAGGAGUGUUUGUGGACCAUUUGUUUCGUGGCAGUUUAAGUUAUUAGUCUUUGGAAAAAAAAAAUCGAUAAAUUUUUUAAAAUGGAAACUUGACCAAAAAUCUGUCACAGAAUUUGAGACCAUUAAAACAAAGUUCAAUGCUA